AUGGAAGAAAACGAAGAAGAAACUAUCGUAAUUGCUUGUUUGUUAGCUGAAGAAGAGGAAGAAAAAGCUAAAAACUCUAGAAAAAGGAAACAUAAUAUCUGGAUACACGACAUUUUCAAGAAAAGAUCGCAACGUGGAGAAUAUCACACACUGUUUCCUGAUUUGCUAAAUGAUGAUGCCAAAUUCUUCCAAUAUUUUCGCAUGACGCAAGUUAAAUUUAAUACUCUUGUUGACAUCCUGAAACCACAUUUAUUAAGACAGAAUACAGCAUACAGGGAGACUAUAAGGUAA